UAUCCCCUUGUAUUCUGGAAGACCAUUGAACGUAGAUUUAUAAUUACAAAAAACACAGGAUUAUGCCCUAAAUUAAAGAAUACAAGGGGAUAUCUUAUGGAUGUGUCCGCAUCAAAUUCAGAUACUUCUUGUGCAAUCUCUUCGGCGACGAUGAUCAUUUCUGCUGAUACAGCAGAGCCUCCUCCUCCGCCUGAUUCUGUUACCCCCUCUGUCGUCAAUGGUUCUGCUACUUCUCCCCUCAAAUGUGACCAAAACCCAUCUCUCUCAUCUGCAUCUUCAUCCCCGCCUCCCGAACUCCAACUACCUGUAUCGUGGCCCCAGGAUGGGAAACUCAGCCUCGGUUGGAUCUAUAAUCUUAUGGCUUGUUUCGACUGGUCUUCCAAGAACCUCCCUCCCUCAGAAUUUCCGUCUGUUUUGCCGGUCCAUGUCUUCGACUCUCUUAUCCUUGUCGCUUCCAAAAUGCUUCACAAAGAACCUAACUGUGUAUCUGUAGACCCCUUUCAACCUCAUUCCGAGUCCGGGGAUCGAGCUGCUUCUGCGGUUGUCGUUGUGGGGGACGUUCAUGGCCAAUUGCAUGAUCUAUUGUUCCUCCUUAGAGAUGCUGGCUAUCCUUCGCCAAAUCGCAUAUUCGUCUUCAAUGGUGAUUAUGUUGACAGAGGAGCUUGGGGUCUGGAAACUUUCUUACUCUUGCUGGCGUGGAAGGUUUUUAUGCCGCAUAACGUGUAUCUACUGCGCGGGAAUCAUGAAUCAAAAUACUGUACAUCUGUUUAUGGCUUUGAGAAGGAAGUUAUGGCAAAGUACAGUGAUAAAGGUAAGCAUGUAUAUCGGAAAUGUUUGGGAUGCUUUGAAGGUCUUCCUUUGGCAUCUAUUAUAGCUGGACGUGUGUACACAGCUCAUGGAGGACUUUUCCGCAGUGUAACCGUGACGCCAUCAAAGAGAUUAAAAGGAAAGCGAAACCGUAAGAAUUAUUCCAAACCUGAUACUAAAACCUUGUGUCUUGGUUCAUUGGAAGAAUUAUCUAAGGCUCGGCGAUCAGUUCUUGAUCCUCCUUGGGAAGGCUCAAACCUGAUUCCUGGUGAUGUUUUGUGGUCUGAUCCUUCGAAAACUCCUGGUCUUGCUCCAAACAAAGAAAGAGGCAUUGGCUUAUUGUGGGGUCCUGAUUGUACUGAGGAAUUCUUGAAGAAGUAUCAGCUAAAGUUUAUCAUUAGAUCACAUGAAGGUCCUGAUGCACGGGAAAAGAGGGAGGGUUUUGAUGGAAUGGAUGAAGGUUACACUAUCGAUCAUAUUGUGGAGUCUGGAAAGAUGAUCACCCUUUUCAGUGCUCCAGAUUACCCACAAUUUCAGAUCAAUAGAAGGAAAGUUGCACAACUCUUCAUAUCCUCUGGUGGUGGCUACAUUCCAGCAGAAGAUCUUAAGUGAUGGCAACGACUACAAAGACAAUGGCUUGAGGCAAUUAUGAGGAAGCUAAGUGUAAAAUCAAGAAGUGGCACAGGGGGAAGAUAUGUGGCAUGAUGACUGGCUAUCAUGGCAGUGAAUGACUGUCAUGGGAUGGAGCUUGAUGCUCAGCUCUCUGGUGACGGUGUCAGUAUCUUUCAUGGGGGAAAUAUUUGUGGCAAAAGUCCUCUGCUUUCAGGUGGCUAGUUAAUUAGGCUAGGAGGGGCAUAUUUGUCAAAAAGCUGAUUCCCAGGAACACACUACAUUUCCUCUCUGAAGCGAGAUGUCCUCUCAUCAAAUGAGGGAAUUAAUGAUUUCUAAGGAAAGUCUGGCCUCUACCAAACAUCAGGGAAGCUUUUUUCUCCAUCCAUUCCUUCUCCCUAUCUCUCUUUUUCUCCUAUUUAACAGGGCAUAAAUGCAUUUUUAAUCUUUUAUUUUUGAGAAGAACCUAAAGCUGGGAGGUACUUUGAAACUUCUGGAUUGUCUGAUAGAAAAAUAGUCAAUUAUCUGCUCCGGAACAGCUCUU